UCAGCAGCCGCCUCCUCCUGCCGCCUCCUGCCUCCUUGAUUGUCACUGUACAACAACCUUUCAUACCAAGUACCAUUCCGCCUGAACAGACAGCGGUCCAUCCAGGCUGCUGGACGGCCAGGCUCGGCGGACGGCGGCGGUCACCGGGCUCCGUUACACACAGUGAGAUGCCCACGAAGUCGCGGUUCACCGACACACACAGCUCACCGUGGUUUUUGCACUGAAGCAUCUCUGUGAUAUUCAUCCUUUUCAUCAACGUUACCCGGCUGCCGAGGGGUGAAAAGUCAGUGUCAUGACUGGAGCUGAGACUGAGGAUGAUAUUCCGUUAGGGGAAAGGAAGACUGUCACAGAUUUCUGUUAUCUCCUGGACAAGUCCAAACAACUCUUCAAUGGGCUGAGAGACCUUCCUCAGUAUGGACACAAGCAGUGGCAGUCCUACUUUGGACGGACUUUUGAUGUCUACACCAAGCUGUGGAAAUUUCAGCAGCAACACAGGCAGGUUCUGGACAGUCGGUAUGGGUUGAAGAGAUGGCAGAUUGGAGAAGUUGCAUCAAAAAUUGGACAGCUUUACUACCAUUACUACCUUCGUACCUCAGAAACAAGUUACCUGAAUGAGGCCUUUUCAUUCUACUCAGCCAUCCGUCAGCGGUCCUACUACUUUCAGGUCAACAAAGAGGACAGGCCCGAAUUAGUUGUGAAGAAAUUGCGGUACUAUGCCCGUUACAUUGUUGUGUGUUUACUGCUGAACAAGAUGGAUCUUGUCAAAAUUUUGGUGAAGGAGCUGUCUGAGGAAAUUGAGGAUUACACACAGCGAUUUAACACAGAGGACCAACUGGAGUGGAACCUGGUGCUGCAGGAAGUGGCAGCAUUUAUAGAGGCUGAUCCGGUGGUGGUGCUGAACGACAACAACGCUGUCGUUGUCACCAGCAAUCGGCUGCAGGAAGGAAGUGUGCCUCCAUUGGAACAAGGCAUGGUGGUUGGGCAGCUCGUCCUUGCAGAUGCACUAAUCAUCGGCAACUGUAACAACCAGGUCAAAUUUAGUGAAUUAACCAUUGAUAUGUUCCGGAUGCUUCAAGCCUUGGAGAGGGAACCUGUAAACUUGGCUACACAGACCUCGAAGCAGGGAACACUGGAGCCCAAUGAGAAGCCAGCCAAAAGGGAAAACCCUCACAAGUAUCUGCUGUAUAAACCGACAUUCAGCCAGCUUUUUACUUUCCUGUCUGCCUCUUUUAAGGAAUUGCCUGCAAACAGUGUUCUGCUUAUCUACCUGUCUGCUACUGGAGUCUUCCCUACCGGCCAUUCAGAUUAUGAAGGACCAUAUGAUUUUGGAGGAGUUCUCACAAAUACAAAUCGAGAUGUGGUGAAUGGAGAGACGGGGCAGAAAAGAAAUCAGGCUCAGAAAGAAAUGCACUGCCUUCAUCCAGGAGACUUGUUUCCUUUCACCCGAAAGCCUCUUUUUGUCAUUGUGGAUUCUUCCAACAGCACAGCCUACAAGAAUUUCACAAAUCUCUUUGGCCAGCCUCUGGUGUGCCUACUAUCACCCACAGUGUAUCCUAAAAGUGUACAAGAUCAGUCUCAGCGUGGUAGUCUCUUCACUCUUUUCCUCUACAGCCCACUCUUGGCUUUUUCCUCUGUGUGUGGCUUAAACAGUGUGAGACAAGGACUGUGGGAGAGGGCUCAAGAAUUUCUUCGCAAAGUCUAUCGGGACAUUGGGCAAAUGAUAACUCGAUCACGGACUAUAGAUCAAGCCUUUUUGCAAUUCUUUGGUGAUGAAUUCCUUCGGCUGCUGCUGAUCCGCUUUGUGUUCUGCUCAGCUGCACUGAGACUGCAUAAACUCUUCCGGGAGUCCAGAAGCUUCCCGGAGUCAUACCCAGAGCUCCCCAAACAGGACACAGUGGAGAGCAGCCUUCUACAGAAGCAUAUUUUAGAGCUGGCCACCAUGCUGGACGUGCAGAGCCUAUUUUGGGAUGACUCAUUGGAAGCCUACUAACAUCUUCGCACAGGGCAAAAUGGCCUCCGUGUAAAUACGGACACAGAUAGACUCAGCUGUCAGAGCCCUCACAGCUUUGUUGUUUAUGUUUUUUUUUUACAGGUAAUCAAACAAGUGACUCACACUGACACACCAUUCCAUUUCGUUAAUGUAUAACUGUUACUUGUGGAAAGGUAGUGCAACAUAAGAAGGUUCACACAGGUAAGCCAGAGAGUUUGACUCUUGUCGGCCUACCUCAAUAUUUUAAGCAUCAUGUAACACAUGACAGUGAAGAAACAAACAAGAGGCUAUAAAUGACCUUUCAACUCAUCAUCCCCAUUGAAAUGCAAAGUUUAAAACUGCAGCCUGUACUUCUUAUACAUGUAAAGUUGGCAGCGUGUGUUUUUAAAAAUUAAUCACUGAUGAUCAGAGUGAAGGUUGUGUGAGCUGUAAAAAGCUGAAAUAAUCCUGGAUAGCUUCCAGGUGUUGCUUUAUCUGUAUGAAAUCAAAAACAUGGUGGUGCUGAAAGAAAACCCUUCUAUACAUCAUUAAAUAUAUAUAUAUAAAAAAAAUCAUAAAGUUGGCACUUAAUCGCACAGUAGGUUGAAAUUUGAUAGAUUUCACCUAAAACAUUCUUACUGAUCUGGAGUUUUGUGUCUGCCAGUCAGUGCUUGCUGUAAAACGGCUUACCUUGUAGCAGGUUGAGAUGCAUGAGGUUUUAUUCUUUGUGUUCUGUUGCUUGUUGUAGGCCACCAUUACCCGUUGAUAUUCAUUCUUCCACGUCUUUAGCCAGGAGUUCAUCUAAUAUCUUUACCUGAACAUCAUUUAAAAGCCUUUCCUUUUUUUUUAUCACUGUGCUGUAUUUGCAUGCAAUAAGGUAAAGAAUCGUAUCCAUUAGUUCUUUAGAGUGGCCUCCUACUUUAAGGGCACAGAAGAAACAUUAACUGUACACAGGGGCUUAGACAUUAGAAAGGCACAGUAUUGGGAAGUAAAUGGAGCCAGUGCAUGUGCUGAACUACUAAAGGUUGCAUGGGGCUGUACAUUUUGUAGUCGAGUUGUUAAAUUAAGACAAUCUAGUUUGAGAAAACAGAUGAAAUGACAUAGUGAAAAUGUAACACGUGGUAUGCACAUCAACAUUAAUGACUAGCCAAAACACCUCUGUAACCUUACUGAUGUCAGGAUUUACAUAACCUGCCAGUUGCAUAGUUCGAACUGAGCUGCGCUGUUUAUCCACACUGCGUCCCUGCUACAAUAAUGCUACUUUCAGCUGCCUAUUUACGUGUUAUUUUCUAUAUAUGUAGCAUAUGCCAGAUGCUGCCAUGUUUGUCAGCUAUCUGAAACCCCAAAAUCCUACUUUGAAGAGAGGAAAAGAAACCUGGAGAGUAAACAAGCAACAGUGACAGUAAAAGUUAUAAAGCACAAGAUUUAAACAUUUCAUGUUACUGUUGAUAAAUAGUUAAUAAUGGAAUUAGCUUUAAGAAAUGGUGCAGAGAAGUGUUCUAUAUUUAUUUCCGAGACAGUUUGCUGCCACUUCAAUGUCUACGCAUUCCGCACAGCCCAGAGGUGAUUGACGUAGCUUAGCCUAAAGAUUGGAAGCUGGAGGAAAUAACUGUAAAAUAUUUAAUCCUACACACUUUAAUUGUACAGGAGUACACAAAAGAUGAAAAAAGGUGAAACUACUAAACUUUAAUGGUAUAAUGUACACAAAAUGUAAGAAUUGCAGGUAGGAUAGAAGACACAGGAGUACUGUUUACCAAAAUGCUGAAGUUAUAAAGUAGCAGAAGCAUCUAAUUUACUCUGCAGAGGUUUUAGAUGAGGUGACGCUGUUAACUGUGACCUUCAUAUCAUUCCUCCACUGUUGAAUAGAUUUUUAAAAAUGACCCAGAACUGGAGUCACUCAUCACUAGGCAGUUAAUAGAUGCAUAUCAGAUCAGUUAAAUUCAGCUUUUACAGCUUUAGCUCCGAAUAGAUAUCAAUCUUAGUUGCCAUCCUGUUUUUUGGUUUUUUUUAGGUGGAAUUACAUAAACAGCGUAUAAAUUGCUUUGAUAACUUUAUUUUUCGUCUAAAAAAAGUUAGUUUGACCAAAAAUAUCAUACUGAUAAUUGAAUUGAAUAAUACAGAUCCUAAACUCAGAGUGUGAGAGGAAGCUGUGGAGUGACCUGUGUGGAUUUAUUUGUAGCACUAGCAGCAGAAUGAUUGCAGUGAUGCUGAUACUGAACCAGCUGAUGGUUAAACUGCCCUCAACCAAAAAAUUUAAAUAAUGCAGAGUUGCAGGAAGUAGCCAAGCCACAAGGCUGAAAUUGAGAUUUUUGAAUUGACAUAAAAUAUUAUAAGAACACUAUUUUUAGUGUUUAAUGUAUUUAUUGACAUUGUUAGAGUAUGUGUACAGAUAAUGUAAAGUGACGUUUUGGCACAGAUGUUGUUUGUUCAGUAUUUAGUAAGUCUAUAAAAUGUGUAAUGAACUAUGAAGUUAACAUUAAGAAGGAGCAGACCAACUAUGUUAAUGUGGCCGGUUUGUUAUCUGGCCUUUUUUUUAAAUGAUGUUACAUUCCAGCUUUCCAAGGACUUGAAGGGAGGCAGAGGAAAACUAAUGCUGUUUUCUCCAUUUUACAUUGUGUGGGAAACUGAGCCGUUUAUACCAUUUCUUCUAUUGUCAUGAUAAUAUUCACAUUCCCUUGUGUUGGCAGUUCUGAUGAUUAACAGAAUGAAGGCUUGCACUUUAUGAAAUGUAAUAUCGUUAUGAUCUUGUUUGUUGUGCUUUGGGGGGGGGGAGAAAAUUCAUGACAUCUUAUUGUUCUACAAUUUGUUAUAUUUUGGCACUACAAGUAAAACUGGUGAGGUCAGAAUGAUUUCAAACAUUUUCAUGUAGACAGGUUUAUACAUUGCCACUUUAACAGCUUCUACCUGAAAUGUAUCAAAAACAAAUGACUUCUAAAGAGAAUUGAGAAUUGCAGUGAUAAUAUAUCUGUUUACUUGUGUAAAAGAAAAAAAACUAGAAACCUGGUGCUCUAAUAUUAUAUUAACUAUUUGGUCCCAAUAGGAUUAAAUACAUUUUAAAAAAUUUUUUUAACAUUUCAAUGGAAUAACAUUAACAACAGUUUCUUGUACAUGUUAGAACAUAUAUCAGGGCAGAAGUGGAAAAACAUGUAGAAACAUAUCCAUUUAACUGGCCAGAUAUUGCAUGUUGGUAGAAUUUUAAGAUAUGCCUCAUAAACUCAUGUUUAUGUGUUUAGACCAUGUUACUGGACAGUGUGUUCCCUAAAGUCACGAUUCAUGAAAAUUGCAACAGUCGCUGCCUAAUGGUGCACAACAGAUUCCAUAUGAAGAAAAGAUAUGACUUAAAAUGACACUUUUAACUUCUGUUAAGAUGUUCUGUUGUGUCAUCUUCUAUUGAUUGCAUUUAAAAAAAAACACCAUGAACAUAACCAUGUUUACUUUGUAUAUUGUUGCAUGUGGGAUCAUUAGCGCAGAAAAGUUCUUGAAUUUGCUUGCAUUUUCUCACUAACAUUUCUGGAAUCAGGAUCAUGCCUUGUAUUUGUGUGUUUGUUGAACCGUGUUCCUCAUUUAAUGUUUUAAAUUUCACAUUAGCUUCCCAGCAGCAUAUGGAGCUUGGUGCAAUAUUGUAAACUGAUGCCAUAUGAUGCAAUGGUUUGCAUUUCCUGCUAUCGCAUAGUUUGAUGAGUGUAUCCGGGUAAAUUGCUACAGCCCCCUGGAGACCUAAAACCUAGUGCAUAAGAAAUGUUUAAUGACAUUUGUUGACAAGAUACUUAGGAUAAUUAUUCCAAAAGAUAUUAAUUUGUGUGAAUGAGAUGUUUACUUUUCCAAGAACAUAACUGCAAACCAGAGAGGAUGAACUGCAAACAAGAUAUUAGCAGACUAUUAUUUAUUGCUCACAAAAUAUUGUCAAGAUCCAAGUUAUUUUUUGCAGAAAUUACUUAUCUCAUACAAAAAAUAUACCAUACUCAUAACUGAUCUUGUUUGGGAAAAUUACAUUAUUUGCAAAAACUAACAGCUUGUUCACACAAGUUAUUUUCUUUUGGCCAGAAAUGUUAAACAAUCCUCCUUAGGGACUUUGGGGGUUUCUUUUUUCUUUUUUUCCUGUUUAAAGUGAUGUUGCUGACCACAACUGAUGUAUAGGAGUAUGCAGCAUUUAUUCUUAAACAUUUGGGAUUGUAGUAUUAAGUAUUAUGCACGGUGGACACUGAGUAACAAAGUCAAGAUAAAACCCCAUUUGGACCAGAUAAAGCUUUAAUCUCUCCUCCGCUGUUGUAUGAUUAACCUGUAACAAACUGUAAAGUGUCCAUGUAUGCAUCCUGUGCAUGUUAUGAAACCUGACCUAAACCCUACCGAUCAUACUCUGUAUUGAACAGAGUAUUCUAUAAAGCAACUAUAACAUCCUGGAACCAUUUUAGGGUUCCAUUGUCAGUAUGUGUUGAAUAUUUUCCUUAUUGAAGCUGCCACUUUAAUUCACAGGAACCAGCCUCUCCUUUCACCACAGCAUAAACGGUGCACAGAAUGAAACUAAACAAACUCUUACAUUUUAAUAUGAUAUUAACAUUACUAAACUGUGGAGUUGUUGAAUGUGGUAGCAUGAGUUAAAGGCUUUUGCACAAGUAUUGGGGUAACUGUGCAGAGAAGUGAAAUCUGUGCUUGCCAUGCAUAACUGGUAAUAAAUGCACUUGAGCAAAUGGAACAAAAAAAAUCUUUCUGACAUGGAUGCACAAGCACAAAUGGCCACAGCUCCAUGUCCCGGACCCUCAAUCACAAAGAAGCAUGUCAACCAUGGCCGCCUGGGAUCACAUCUCAAACAACUGCCGACUGUCCUGUUUUGUCCCCCAGAUGUCCAGGGGUCAUUUAUACCUUUUUAUACUUGUAUAAAUGUGCAAAAGAUGGGUGCACCCCUCCUUUAUAGCAAAUCAUGUGACUUGCUUGUUGUGAUUUUCAGUCGGUGUCAAACUGUCAAAUGUAUUUUCAAUAUUUCAGUUU